AUGACAUUCAUAUCCCGUCUGGUCACAUUCUUCGGGCUUGUCCUGCUCGCUCAUGCUGGCUAUUCCGCACAUGAGCACACAGUACUUUACAGCAACAUCCGCCUAUCCUCCUCCACCGCCCUCCCCCAUGACAUCGUCAUCGAAGCCCUCGUCUCCCUUCUCGUCGUCUCAGCAGGCCUCGUCCUAGGCGCAGAAAAAUUGAAGCCAAUCAGCUGGAGCGAAUGGGCCGGGCAGAUUGAGAGAGAGGGCGGCACAAGAAACCCAUACCGUCGACUUGAAGAACGUUAUAGCUUUUGGGAUAUCAGGGCUAAGCGAAAGGAAUUUGCCGACUGGGUUCGGGGCCAGGAUGCCAUUGCUAUGGCGAAAUAG